UGUCGGCCGGCGCAUCACCCAGUAGCCGCACCAACUUCGAUUCUCCCUCAUCUACGGUCAUUUCGACCCCGCGGGACCAUCGCGACCAUGUCGUUGCAGCAGCGAGCUCGACAGGCGCCUCCGCCCAUUCCGCAGCUCAUUCCAUGUCAGGAGUGACGGUGAUCGACCCUGAUACCCAGCCGUCUUCAGUCUUGAAUCCCCGAUCCUGCGUAACGUGUCGCAGACGCAAGGUGAGCAACACCCGGGGGACCUUUGAUUUGCUUCCGUUUCGUAGCUCGGGGUGGUGAGUGCGGGGCGCAGACUCCCCCAAGACAUGGCUUUUAUUCUGUCGCUAUGUACAGUUUAGGAGUGGUGGCAAGUACUAAACCCGGACAGGUGCGAUGCGACAAACAAAUGCCAUGUGGCAACUGUCGCAAGGCUCACAUAUCCUGCAUCUUUCCGGCGCCGGGUCGGGCACCGCGACGACCUCGCCCUAAAGACCCCAACGCCCCGCCGAAACAGACGAGCGAACGCGAGAUCGAGUUGAUGAAGCGACUACGGAAGCUCGAGGGCAUUGUCGAUGAGCUUAGCGGUCAGAUCGAGGUCGAACGAAACCCUUCCAGCGCCGCGGAUUCACCCGAAGACACAACAGAAAAUGUACACGAGCGGGAGAGACGCAAGGAGGCUGCCGCGAUCUCUUCCAAUUACCCCCCGUCUCGGUCGCCCGAGCCAGGACGCUUGCUCAGAGGUUCCGGCACCGGCAACACGAGUUGGGGUCCGUUAACAAGCCCGUUGAAGGAGGUAAAUAAAGAGUUUGGCCGCCUCGUGCUCAACGAUAACGGCAAGACCCGCUACGUGAGCAGUGCAUUUUGGUCCAAGAUGAAUGAUGAACUCAAUCAACUGCGAGCUGAGACUCAACAAUUGACGGACGAAAACUCGGAAGACUCGGACGACGAGGGCAGCUCUCCGGAUACAGUCCAGUCCGACAAAAAUCAAUCACUAGACCACCAUGCGUUCAUUUUUGGUUACAGAUCCUGCGAUGUCGACUUGCGCAAGCUUCAUCCACUUCCGUCGCAGAUCCCCUUUAUUUGGCAGGUGUAUACAGAGAAUGUUGAUCCCGUUGUCAAGAUUCUACACGUUCCGACAAUGAACGUUAUCAUUCGCAAAUUAAGGAGUGAUAUGAAUAACAUCGCGCCUGGAUUGGAGGCCUUGAUGUUCUCAAUAUAUUAUGCAGCCAUCACGUCAAUGGAGGACGACGAGGUGAAGAUAAACUUUGGUGCCGAGAAGUCGCAUUUGAUUCGCCAGUACCGGUUCGCAACCGAGCAAGCUCUUGCCAAAGCCAACUUCCUGAAUACCUCGGAGCUUGUCGUCGUACAGGCUUUCACCAUUUUCCUAGUUUUAGUCCGACGUUAUGACGACACCCGUUUCUCAUGGACCCUGACCGGCCUCCUGAUUCGUAUCAGCCACUCGCUCGGCAUACACCGCGAGGGCACCCACUUCGCUGAUUUAUCGCCAUUUGAUAUUGAAAUGCGCCGCCGUUUAUGGUGGGCGGUAUGCAUUCUGGAUCUGAGGUCGGCCGAGGACCAGGGCACCGAUUUGACGAUUGCGGAACAAACAUAUGAUACCCAGUUUCCGCUGAAUGUGAAUGAUUCCGAUAUCAGUCCAGACAUGAAGGAGUUUCCCCGUGAGAGGGCUGACGCCACCGAUCUGACAUUCUGUCUUAUUCGUUACGAAAUUUGCACACUUGCACGACGAUUGCACUCGGCAUCCAACGCCAUGGCUCCGUGCCCCAAGGAUACCCAGUUGACCUUGAAAGAGCGGGAGGAUCUGCUUAUCGAUAUUUACGACCGUGUUGAGCAAAAGUACCUCAAACCCUUCACUGACCAAGAAGGUGACUUGCUUAACUGGGUCGCGGCUGCCAUCGCCCGACUCAUUAUGGCAAAAAUGAGUCUCAUCAUUUACCAGCCCAUUCUUUUUCCCCAUUCCCCCGGUCAGGGGCCCUCAGUGUCUGAGGAGGUUAGGGAUCGACUUUUCACGUCCUCAACCGAAGUCGUUGAGUACAACAAACUUCUGAAUAGCGACAACCGGUGCAAGCAGUACCGUUGGCUGUUCCAAACAUACACACAAUGGCAUGCUGUUGCCUUCCUACUACUGGAGGUAUGCCGUCGACCGUGGUCGGCGGCAGUCGAGCGAGCUUGGAGGGCACUCAGUGCCACCUUCCAAGAUCCAGAACCGUCUGAGAAGGCCCGACUUAUCCAAACACAGCAUAGAGCUGUGCUGUUACCUAUCCGCAAACUUAUGAUGAAGGCAAAAUUGCAUCGCGAGGAAGAGAUCGCACGUUUACGUGGCGAGCCGGAAGCUGCCAAACGGCUUGACAGAAUUGAGAGGGCAAAGACACCCAAUCCCAAUUUUCACAACAUGCCGGCCGCCGUGAGCAUCCAGCUUGCUCAAGAAGAAUGGCGCAAACUUGUAGGGGUGCCAUACCCUGAAAACCCGCCCCAUGAUGGGUGCGUCGAUGACGAGGUGCCAAACGGUUCCGCGGCAUCCAAUCCGCACCUACCACAGGCUAACCAGCAAAUCUCGGUGGCGCAGUCGCAGCAGGUUAUGGACUACAUGACGGACGCUAUGUCCCAGCAAACCUUCAAUCCGCAAGACUUCUGGUCAUUAGUUUACCCAGAUGAAUCCACCGAGCUAGCGAGGCAAGUCAUCUUUGAAAAUGGACUCUCCGGUGGAAUAUCACAACCACAACCAGACAUGCGUAUGAUGCCGACCCAAGGCAGCCCCGUGGCAAACAAGGGUGGCAUUCCGUUUCCCAGAGACAGCUUGCCCACUACUCAACCUGUGUCGCAAACGCCCCUGCCACAGUCGACGACACCAGCCACGUCGGCUGGUAUGAACUCGUUCGUCGACGACAAUCCGCCGCCUUGGCUGUGGUCCCAUACGUGGGGGACGAGCAGUGCAGACGUCACUGCCAAUCUGCCAGCGGUCGACGAUGGCGACGUGAACAUGGAAGAAGACUUCAACUGGCAAGAUUGGCAGCAGUCCAUCAAAGGUCUGGAGAUGGACGCCGGUGUGGGGAUGGGGAUGCCGGGUCGAAGCGGAGGGUUCUCGGGCGGGAUAUGACAAUAAGCCCGUGAUAUGGUUGCUAGAUAAGACUGGGUCUUGGCCGGCACGAGGCCAGUAUCAGCAAUAUAUUACCAUUUCUCAGCGGUGGCUCGACAAUGUCUGGUUUAGUAUCAUAGAAUGGGGUUCUUUUUUAAAU